AUGUUGGUGACAGAAGUCGGAUGGAGGAUUGGAGAAGGAUAUGACCCAUUAACACCACCAGAUUUACUUCAGCACGAGUAUCCUUUGCCGCCGGAAUCACAGAAAAUCAUAUUGGAGGGAAGAGAUGCAGCAUGCAGGAUUUUGGACGGAAAUGAGGAUCGUUUGAUUGUCGUUAUUGGGCCUUGUUCGAUUCACGACCCCAAGGCAGCUUUGGAGUACGCCAAUAAAUUGCUUGAAGAAUCCAAUAGGCACAAAAAUGAGCUCUUGAUUGUUAUGCGAGCAUACUUGGAAAAACCGAGAACAACCGUUGGGUGGAAAGGGUUGAUCAAUGACCCAGAUAUCAAUGGCACUUUCCACAUAAAUAAAGGUUUGAGAAUCUCGAGAAAGUUAUUUGUCGAUAUCACAUCAAAAUUGCCGAUUGCGGGAGAAAUGUUGGACACGAUAUCGCCGCAAUUUUUAUCUGAUCUUUUCUCAAUAGGAGCAGUAGGAGCGAGAACGACGGAAUCGCAAUUGCAUAGAGAGUUGGCUUCAGGUCUCUCAUUCCCAGUUGGUUUCAAAAAUGGAACAGAUGGUACCCUUGGCGUUGCUAUCGAUGCAGUGCGCGCUGCAUCGCAUCCACAUCAUUUUUUAUCGGUAACAAAGCCGGGAGUGGUGGCUAUUGUUGGGACUGAUGGUAAUAAAGACUGUUUUGUUAUAUUAAGAGGAGGUAAACAAGGCACCAACUACGAUGCCGAGUCGAUUGAGAAAACUCAAGAGCAGUUGAUAAAAGCAAAUCUCGUUGGAGAAACUCAAAAAGGACCUCGUAUUAUGGUUGAUUGUUCCCAUGGCAACAGUAACAAGGACCACAGAAAUCAACCAAAAGUAGCCAAGGUGGUUGCUGACCAAAUCGCAAGUGGUAACAAAUAUAUUUGCGGGUUGAUGAUAGAGAGUAACCUAAACGAGGGAAGACAAGAUGUACCACCCCCGAGCGAAGGGGGUAAAGAUGCAUUGAAAUAUGGUGUGUCGAUCACCGAUGCAUGUAUCGGAUGGGAUUCAACAGUAGAAGUCUUGGACAUGUUGGCCUCUGCUGUUAAGAAAAGAAGAAGUUUGUAA